UAUUUAAGGAACCUUAAUUGCUAACUCAAGAUUUAUUGGAAUAUGGAUCGAAGGAAUCGACCUUGAAUUUUUCAUUUUAACGGUUUCGUUUGUCCUAUAACCUUCUUUUCUGGAAGUGAGAAGACAUGUCAGGAGACCUACGAACUAGCACCACCAACACAGAGGGCCAUGCUGCCGGGGGCGAGACCGCCUCUUCAAGAAAGACCUCACAAGGGACAAAACCAGCAACCAGACGCCUCUCUCAGCCCCCUAGGAAGGCUGCCCCUAGAACGGCUGCUCCUAGAACUGCAGCCUCUAGAACUGCUACUGGAAAAACUUCUGCCAUCAGCCUCGCUCAGGAACUAGAGGAGCAACUCAAGUAUAGGGACACCGUGGCGUGGUCCGUGGGCGUGCUGGAGCAGAGCGUCGCUGAGCUGGAGCUGCAGCUGGACUCUCUGCAGCGCGGUAGCACCGAUGAGGCCGACACGGAGUUCAAGCUUCGGUACGAGGCUCAGGGCGACCUGAACAAGAAGCUGCAGGAGCAGACCGAGUGGUACAGUCAGGAGCUCGCUAAGACCAAGGAAAGAUUCAGACAAGCUCAGCAAAGAGCUUCCUACAACCUGACUACCUUGUGUCAAGAGUACAGCUACGACGCAGAUCUCGACCACUAUUCCGAGGCUGAGUUGUCCGUGAUGGUGCGACAGCUGGAGCGGGAGCGGAACAUUUCCUACAGUGAAUUCCGGAACAAGACGUGGCUGCUGGAUAGCCGAUCAAAGGAGUAUCACCAACUGAAGGAUCUGUGCGAUGCGUACUCGGGGGAUCUGAGCUUCGUGAACAGGUCGCUCGAGGAGAUGUGGAGGAAGAGGUCGACCAGCAGCAGCACGUCGGCACCCAUCAUGUGGAAUGGUGAGCCUGGCUUCUUACCCGCCCACCGCGUCAUCAACCCUCGGCAUGGACCUGUCAGGAAGACGGCAGGGGUGCGGUCGCUACCCAGACUGGACCCGGAAGCUCUUGGGGCAUUGCCAUCCUAUGAGAGCAUCAGAAAGGCUGACCAAAGGGCACAAAGAACUCGUUCCUUGGACGAACGAGGCCGUCGUAAGCGCCUAGCAGCCGAGGCUAGGCUCAGACACAAGUCAGCCCAGCCUACAACAGCCUCGGAGCCUCUCGACGCACCUUCAACUGAGGAAUUGUUGUUAGUGGCACCGCCCCAGGAACUAUCCAGUUCCGGUGUUGAGCAGACUGAAGACGUGUAAAUAAUUCAGCAGCAAGUUGUAGUUUUUUAAAUAAAUCUUUUCCUUUCUUUCAACUUACUGGUAAAAAUGUCAUAGUAUAUGGUAUAUGGCAAUGGUAUGGUAAUUCAUGUUUUAUGAAUUCGUUCAUGGUCGCGACUAAUUCGAAUGAAAUAUUUUACUGUAAUUGUAUAUAUAAAGUUUUGUUAGCGUUGAAUAUUAGGUUAUGUUUGGCCUAUUGACAAUUUUAACCUUCGAAGUAUUUUCACAGCUAGUCAGGUAACGAGCCCGUAGCUCACUACAUCAUGUAGUUCUUAACUACCCAGCAAAUUUGUCGAUGUAGACCAGAGAUUUUCACGGUUAGGUAAGGCUCGAACUCGCAACUCACUGCUCCAAUCUUAGCGCUCUUAAAUUCUCGCCGAGCCGCCUCUAGCAUAUGUUUAAAAUUUAUUUUCUAUAGAAGGUAAAA